UGCUGCCUCUCAUCAUUUUUUAACGCAGCAGAGGCCUGUUGCGUCUCCGGCGCCCUCCAGCCGCAGACCAAGCAGACGCACACGCAUCGAAACGGUUUGACCUGCAUCGACGAGGCUGCCCGGCCCGCGGUCGUCACCACUGCGCCUCGGGAGCCCCACACUCCUUGCACCGACAAACGCCGCGCCCGACGCCGUCGACGCGUCGUCACGAACCAUGGCCGACGACGACACUAUAACAACAGCCUCGACCUACUGGCGCGACGCCGCCGUGCUAGCGGAAACAUUUCAACAAAAAAAGAGACCGCCGCCGAAGCCGCCGACGCCCGACUUGACGGGCAUGCCGAAGCUCAAGGAACACGUGGAUGCGUGGAUCGAACGAGUAGAACGCAUCACGAGGUGGACCUGCCCGAAAGAAACGAGACAUAAAGUGGAUGUGCUCGGUGCUAAAACACGAGAUGAAGAAUCAAGAUGGAGGGCCCAGGAAAUCCGACGGCGCACGCCGGCCCCGAAAAUUGCGAAGGUCGAGGAAAGGGAGGAACGGGACCCUUCUGUACCCGCCUAUGGACCGUAUGAUGUGCUAGCGUACCACUCCGGCUCGAAAGGAAGGAGGGAGUUCUUCAGAAUACAAAAGGCGGCUCAUGCGCGCCCGGCCCUGUCCGAGGAGACGUGUCUGCAGAUGGAUAAUGAUAACCCGGACUUGUACGAGGGCGCCUGCUUCCGGAACUUCGUGAAAUUCGCGUCGGACAAAGGUCUCGUAGUUGAUCCCUUCCUGUCGCGCGUCGACGCUGAUGCUCGUUCAUUGGACCUGACGGGCAUGGCGCUCGGCGAUCCUUUAGGUGAGGCCGUCGCUUCAUCUUUGCCGCGCUUGCCCGGUCUAGAGAGGUUGUCUCUCGCUGGGAAUCGAUUAUCAGAUAAGACGCUAGCACCACUCUUAGAUGGCUUAUUAACUCUACAAGAUCUGAGGUCCAUCGACCUCUCGGAGAACGACUUGGAUGCGAAGGGUGCCAAGGCCCUGCAGCAAUUACUCGCGCAACGGUCUUGUCUGCUGACGGAGGUCCAUCUGCGACGUUCUGAUGUCGACGACGACGAGUGCCGCGCGCUCUGCGAAGCCCUGGAGCUCAACACGGCGUCGAAAUUGCAAGUGCUGGACCUGGCGGACAACCUCAUCGGCCAGAAAGAAGAGGUCAGCGAGAUGCGCGAGGGCUACGUCACGGGCGGCGAAGCUCUGGGCGCCAUGCUUUCGGCUACCUCUACGUUGACGGUGCUCGACCUCAGCUGGAAUUCGAUCCGGGGCACGUCUGCGAAAGCUCUAGCUUCCGCAGUUAAAAAGAAUGCGACAUUAACUUUACUGGAUCUCUCACAUAACAGGUUAGAUGAGGACGGCGGCGUCGCCGUCGCGGAUGCGUUGGAGGCGAACACCUCGCUGACGGAAGUUCGGAUGGCCCACUGUUUUGUGGGAGCGAAGGGUAGUAUAGUCCUGAGCCAAGCUCUGACUGAAAGAAAUACACCAUUAACAGUGGUCGAUUUCGCGGGGAACGUUCCUGGGAAAGUCGGCGCCGCGGCUCUGCUGCGAGCCGUGCGCUCGCUACGAGGGGCGACAUCACUGUCGUUGAUUGGAUGCGACUGCGGCCGCAUAUAUGACGUGUUUGACGAGAGCGACCCGGGCGGCGAGUGGGAUUUGGAAACGGACGACCCCUACGAGUUCUGCGUCAUGCGCUCAUUGCUAAGGCUGGCGAACGCGUCGGACGCCUGUCGACUGGCGACCGUGAAGGUGAGCGGUUCCCUAGUCCGGCUAACGCGCGACGAGGCCGCACCAUCCUCUCAAAAGCUGUGGAAGGCCGUGCUCGCGGCGAUCGAUAAGCGUCAAGUGCCGGACCUGACAGAUGUAUUGGUCGCGUACGGCCUGGACCCGCCUCAUAGCGCCGUGCGCGCUCUGUUCGAGGGGGUGUUGGAGCAUAUCGCGUCCCAACCCUCGACGACCACGAAGAGCGGCAAGGAGGUCCCGCAGCCCGCUUCACCAGCUUUAGUCUGGGACGGCGUCUUCCGCGCGGCCUGUGCUCUCGCUGAUGCCGACGGAUCUCACAGUGUCGAUGCGAGCGAAGCGUCAAUGAUUUGCCUCGACUUGUUAGGAGUGGAGCUGUGCGACGCGCCCAAACUCAUCAGGGAGGCCUCCUCCGGUGGUUGUAGUUGUUCGUUCGAGGAAUUCGCGGCCUACGCGGCAAAGACCUUCGCCCAGCAGACGCCUCUGCUAAAACCGUCUCCGUUGCUGGAUGGUUCAGAAGUGUGGAAAGUACCGAGGGACGAGGUGCUGUAUGUCGAUGUUGAAAUAGAACCGAGCUUCCGACCUCCGACCGACAGGGGUUCCCGAGGACUCGCGGCGAUGGUCAGAUGUUGCCUGACAGAUGAUGAGAGAUUACAACUGAUCCAGACGGCGGGACAAGGCUUCUCGCGACGGGAGGCGCAGGACAUCCUCGACGCCUGUGCGCCGUCGAGCGGCCACCUCGACGCCCCUACUACUUAUUUAUUAUGUAAGGCACUCGCACCGUCCAUCAGUACGGGCUGCGCGUCAUUUCUGUCGCAGAACUUGACGGAGCGGCAGCAUCUUGCACUACGAUGUGAAUUAGGACCGCUCUGGAACGUGUAUGUCGGGUUGGUCGAUGGGCACUAUGCCUUUGACACUACGAAAGACGUCGAAGCUUUGACCUUACUGGCCAGUAAGUGUAAGCUCGACGGCCCGGACACGUCAAAGCAUCAAGACCGGAACCCCUGGCGCAACGGUUGCGUACGCGUCCCGGUCGCCGUCGACGCACAGCCCGGGGACGUCGUGGACGUGCAAGCGAACGGCGAGACGGUUUCCGUGACCGUGCCCCUGACGUGGCAGCCCGGCUCGCCCCUCUGGGUCUCCGUCAAUGGCGAUAUUACCCUAGAAACGGCGCUCAAGGCACCGGCCGCGGAGGGGGAAGAGGAGGCCGAAGACGAGGACGCGCCCAAGGGCCGCGUCGUCGCCUUCGACGUCAGUUGCGCCGCGCCGGUCGCGAAGGACGCGAAACCGUUAUCCAACGAGGCCUUCGCCGCCGUCAAGGCGCGACUGCGUUGUGUCGAGUGGCGCCAUUCCUCAAAUGCGAAACCGGAAUCGGACGCCGAACAUAAGAGAGAGGUGGCGUCCGUGAGGCGGAAGCAGGCCUCCCUAGCUUAUGCUGCCGCUAUUGCGAAGGGUGAGGACGCGUCCAUGCCGGACGAUACAACAGAAUCGAUUGGCCUCGCCGUUUUAUCUGGAGAGGACCUGCUGGAGGUGGACGACGUCCCGGACGCGCCGGAGCACCUUGGAGUAUUGGCGGAGAAGGUGAGUCGCGCGCUGGGUGCUCCGGAGGCGGUCGUCCUGCAAGGUUUAGUGGCUUCGAGGGCCCAUGCGUCCGAACUCAUCGCCUCCUCGCCGCACGGCCUAGACACGGUCCGACUGGACGCGACGGGAGGUUCAAUAGAUGAGGAAGAAGAAGAGUUCGACGGCGCGUCCAUCCAGUUGACCGAUGGCAAUGAGAGGAGGGCUACUGUGUGUGACACUCGUGUCAAACACCCUUGCAGACUCUACGUCGGUCGGCCAGGCACGGGCUGCUUCCUGGAGGGAACAGAUCCUUUACCAGGGGAUUAUGGGUUGGCCUGGUUGCUCGUGAGGCUGGCGCAUCUGGAGGUAAUUGCGUGCACGACGUACUUUACGUCAGCGCAAGCCUUCGACCUGUACGAGCAUAUGCCUUCGGGAGAUGCCUGGGCGGAAAUCAGGAUCAAGUUACUGGUCAUCCUGUUCUCUAGAGUCGUGGAUGUAUCAAAUUUCUGCGCGCGAUGCAACGACCUUCCUUUAUCAGAUGCGUUGCGCCUGCGCCACCGGCUGGGCAUUUUGACAGUGUGGGAUCCCCGCAUUUCUUUGAAGAGUGGCGUCUUGCGCCUGUCGCGGAAGGACGACCGGCUAGUGGCGAAAACCAUCCUAGCAUUGGCUGGCGGCAGCUCGGCGCCGGCCUUCGCGAACGGUCAGUUCCGUGCCGCCGAGGACCCCCUGGUGUUGGGCGGCUGGGCACCUCCUGACGAAAAAGAGUGGGCGGAGAUGGACCCGGCGGACAUGAGCGAGACGAAGCUGCCGACGCAGGGGACGCUCACGUUCUCAUCGACGGCGGACCCGGGGCCGUCCGGCGAAAGUUUUCUAGACCUGGUGGCGUGCGGGCGCGAGCGGCCGGCGGGAGCCGUGUUCCUAGUCUAAGUCAUUGUGAUAGUCUU